AUGAACGCAGCGGGAUCAUCCUUGAGACCUCUAUCCGCUCGUGUUAGCAAACCUUACUUUCCUUCACCGCUCCGUCUGAACGCCAUCCGCGCAACUACCCGAUCCACCUUCCCCUCGAUCCUCUCCUCUAGCUUCAACAUGUCUUCCAAGCAGAACGACGACCAGGUGGUCACCGCCUACCCCAACUACUUCCCUGACCGCCAAAAGCAAGAAUUGCCCGGCGAGGACCAGUCGAUGGAGCCGCUCGCCGAGCACAUCAAGGUCGAAAAGUGGGACAACGAGGGUAAGCCGUACCUCGAGGAGUACAAGGGCAGCGGCAAGCUCCAGGGCAAGUCGGCCAUCAUCACCGGCGGCGACAGCGGUAUCGGCCGCAGUGCUGCGCUCUUUUUCGCGCGCGAGGGCGCCAACGUCACCAUCGCCUACCUUCCCGAGGAGGAGAAGGAUGCCGACAUGGUCGAGAAGCUCGUCCGAGAAGCGCCCAUGGGAACCAAGGAGAUCCUGCGUGUGCCCGGAAACCUCGAGAAGGAGAGCGAUUGCAAAGAGGUUGUCGACAAGCACCUCGCAAAGUGGGGAACCAUCGACAUUGUGGUCAACAACGCUUCCAAACAGGUGCCGUGCAAGAAGUUCGAGGACAUCGACCUCGGUGUCACGGAAAGCACGUUCCGAAGCAACGUCCUCGGCGCCUUUGCGCUCACCAAGUUUGCACUUCCUCACAUGAAGCGCGGUUCGACCAUCAUCCAAUCUUCGUCCGUCACCGCUUACAAGGGAAGCGCGCAGAUGAUCGACUACUCGUCCACCAAGGGCGCUCUCGUCUCGUUCACGAGGAGCAUGGCGUUGCACCUCGCUCCCCGGGGCAUCCGCGUCAACGCGGUUGCACCCGGUCCCGUCUACACGCCGCUGCAGCCAGCCAGCCGCAGCGAGGACAACAUGGAAGGUUGGGGCAUCGGCGGCGUACCACUGCACGGACGACCGGGCCAGCCCGCAGAGAUGGGCGCCACGUACGUCUUCCUCGCCGACGCUGGUUCCUCCAACAUCAUGACGGGUCAGGUUCUUCACCUCUCCCACGGAAGCUGGUUCGGCUCCUAG